AGAGUUCACACAGUAUUUAGCGGCAUUUUAUCUCGAGUUAUAUCGAUGUUGGCUCGCAGAAUCUCUCAGUCGGUUCUAUACUCUUCAUUGGUUUACAUCACUAGUUAAUGGUACCUAGGUGUGGUAAAUCGAUUUCAGAUUUCUGUUUUUACAUACAAGUAUCGAUACUCGAGUGAGAUUGUGCUGAAAAAUACUGUGCUUAGAUAAGAAUUUCAUAAAGUAAACCAUGUCAGCAGACAAAGUAUUCUACUCCCGGUCAGAGGGCAUUCCCUCAGAGGGAGUGAAGGACCAGUACGCCGACGGGAAGGCCGCAAGGGCCUGGAACAAGUUCAUAGGAGACAGUAACCAACGCACCCAGAACUAUAAGGACUUCCUCAUCGGUUUGCUGAAGAAACAUGGCUGCAAGCGUGUCCUUGAUAUAGCCUGUGGAACUGGGAUAGAUUCCAUGAUGCUUGUUGAAGAAGGAUUCAAGAUGGUAUCAAUAGAUGCAUCCGACAAGAUGUUGAAACAUGCUUUAAAAGCGCGUUGGGAGCGGAGAAAGGACCCGAAAUAUGACGAGUGGAUAAUCGAAGAAGCCAACUGGGAGACAUUGCCUCAAGACAUCAACGCCUUCCUCCCUGGUGUUACCUUCGACGCCGUCAUCUGCCUAGGGAACUCCUUCGCCCAUCUUCUGGACGAGUACGAAGACCAGAGGACCCAGAGGAUGUGCCUGAAGAACUUCGCCAAGUGCCUCAAACCCGGAGGUCUGCUGUUCAUAGACCAUAGGAAUUAUGACGCCAUGAUUAAUAGUGGGGCAACGCCGGGGCACUCUAUUUAUUAUAAUUGCAAAUAUCCAGUAGACAUCAAGACUUCAGUGUUGGUUGUCCGAGGAAAACCUGAACUUGUAACCUUGGACUACUGCUUAGAUGGGGCCCUUGGUGAUGGUGAAAAGAGUGACUUCCGACUGUGCUAUUACCCUCACAAAUUAGAGAGGUUCACGGAGAUGUUGCAUGAGGCGUUCGACAAUCGCGGGAAGCACCAGCUCUUCGCAGACUUCAAGCCCAUAGACCAGGUGCCCGUGCCCGGCUUUUACAUCCACGUGAUGCAGAAGGGAAAAGACUGAAUGUUAAAUAAAUGUUACUGUUUGUUA